UUGAUCCAUCCACAUCAAUCCUAGUACUUCUACAUCAUGAAACUGAUCAUCGUUGGUUUGGCCCUUAUCGUCCUGGUUGCUGCUCAGGAUGAUAAAUACACUACCAAAUACGACAACAUCGACGUGGAUGAGAUCCUGAAAUCGGAUCGGCUGUUCUCCAACUACUUCAAGUGCCUGAUGGACGAGGGGGCCUGCACUCCCGAAGGCAAUGAGUUGAAAAAAGUACUGCCGGAAGCUCUGGAGAACAACUGUGCCAAGUGUAGUGAAAGGCAGCGCGAAACUAGCUCCAAGGUCAUCAAAAAUCUCACCGAAAAUCGUCCCGAACAGUGGAAGGCUCUGAAGGCGAAGUUCGACCCGGAGAAUAAGUACAUCUCCAAGUACUCCGAUGAGGCCAGCAAGGAUGGAAUCAAGCUGUGAGAAGAGUUGUCAUUUUCGUUUUUCCGAUGUCCUGAUUAUGCAAGUCAACAAUUUAUUCGACAUUAGUAGUACGGUAAAAAUUGAAAAAGAAUACGGCCCGCUCAGUUUACAUGUUUAAAAAAUCGCUUGUUUUUCGUUGAAAGAAAUUCGUAAAAUUGUGCUCCGGAGAAAUUAAUUAUAAUGUUUUUCACUGCUAUUGUUUUAUAAAAGGCAUUGCUUCUUGGACAUAAUAAUCAAAGAUUUUGUUCGUGAUUUGUAAAGCGCUACAACCAUAGUUUGAACGAUCGAAUGUCCCAGUGCAGGUUACCAUCCAAAGAUUUGAAGAACUAACAUCAUUGUUGAAAAGAUAUGUCAAAACAACGAAUUGAAUUUGAUUUGACGAAUAGGAUACAAACAGUUAGAUUCAAGGGACACCUUUCUGUACUUGUUAAAGUAACAUCUGUAGUUUCACAUGACUCCUAUUUAGACCCUUUGCUUUUUACUUUACGUGUUAAUGAUGUUAUCCUUGUGCUGAAUAGUCUCAAAAUAUAAAUACAAGCCUAUGACAUG